ACGGAAAUCCGAAUGGGGCAGCAACUGGGCCCGGCAGGCUCGGUUUGCUGGUUGCUAGGGUGGCUGUGGGGGCUCGUGUGGCGCUGCCGGUAGCCGGCUCCUGAGCGAGGGGUGGCAGCGCCCCGCUCCCCCUGCCCCCGCGCCAUGAGACCCUGCCCCCAGGGAGGCUACGCGCUGGUGGCCGCGGCGCUGGUGCUGUGCGCCGCGCUGCUGCUGAUGCUGCCCCCCGCCCGGGGCGCCGGGCCGCGGCCCAGCCAGGCCUGCGCCACCUGCAGGGGCAUCGCGGACCGCUUCAACCAGGGAUUAGCCGAUACAGCAAAAAAGAAUUUUGGUGGUGGGAAUACUGCUUGGGAAGAGAAAACCCUAUCCAAGUAUGAAUCCAGUGAAAUCCGUCUUGUAGAGAUCAUAGAGAACUUGUGUGACAGCAGUAACUUUGAAUGCAACAACAUGGUAGAAGAGCAUGAAGAACAUAUAGAGAACUGGUGGUUCAAACUAAAGAAGAAGUAUCCUGACUUGUAUAAAUGGUUUUGUAUAGAAACUACUGAAGUUUGCUGUCCUUCUGGAACAUAUGGACCAGACUGCCUUGCAUGUCGCGGUGGAUCAGAAAGGCCUUGCCAUGGAAAUGGUAAAUGUGAUGGAGAUGGCACUAGAGGUGGGGAUGGAUCAUGCAGUUGUAACAGGGAGUACACAGGAGAGUUUUGUCUAGAAUGCACUGAUGGUUAUUUCAGCAUCCUGAAAAAUGACACACAUUCUGUUUGUGCAGCUUGCCAUGAUGCUUGUAAAACUUGCACUGGCUCAACUGACAAAGACUGCAAGGAUUGUAAAGAGGGCUGGAUCAAAAAUGAGGACGAAACCUGUGUGGAUGUGGAUGAAUGUGCUGUAGAGGCUUCUCCUUGCAAAGAUGAUCAGUACUGUCUAAACACAAAUGGAUCUUUUAUAUGCAAAGCAUGCGAUACUAGCUGUGUAGGCUGCACAGGAGAAGGUCCUGGCAAAUGUAAAAACUGCUUGUCUGGAUACACAAUAGAAGAUGAAAAGUGUACAGAUAUUGAUGAGUGUAACCUUGCUGAAAAGGUGUGUUUAAGAGAAAACGAAGACUGUAUUAAUACCCCGGGCAGUUACAAAUGUGUCUGUUCAGAAAGCUUUGAAGAAAAAGAUGGUAUUUGUGUUCAGAUUGAAAAAACAGGAGAAGAAGUAGAGACAUUAGCAACUGCACCUCCAUCUGCUGGACAUGAAGACUUAUGAUCUGCAUUCCAAAGCAAGACAUUAAUAUCUACACUUUAAAUUAUUGGACUGAAGUGCUGUUUACCUGAUGUACUAUGGAAAUGGUGUUGAAUAUUCAGGUUGCCAGUAUGAUUAUUUUGGAAACCGAUAGUGAUGAAUUGCCCUACCAGCUGCAUUUCUUCAUUCACUGAAAUAAUUGCCACUCUUAUACAGGUUUAAUAAAACCUUCAAACUACAAACCUCACUCUAGAUGGAUAAAGUAUAGCAUUUGUUUGAAUUGGUGUAAAUGAUUUUAAAACAGUUUAUUCUUAAGAAAUCUGCCUAUUUCUCUUUCUAGCAUCUAUUAGGAAUGAUCAUCCUUUUAGAAGGGCUUAAGUUUAUGCUGAACUUCAUAAUUCAAACAAAAUGGACUGACCAUCUGGGGACUUCUGCCAUGAAUAUUUUUUCUAUACUAGAAUUUGGCUUUUAGAAACUGUAAAAGGGAGUCUUUUUGGAAAACUCUUGUCUUAAAUGAAAGCAGAAUGCCUAAUAUUGCAUUCAAUAAAGAUUUAUUUUGACUGGU